AUGAGUAGAAUUGUAAGUGCGACAAUACAAAAUCAAACAGUAAAGGUACAUUUCAAAGGAGGACAAGUAACAGAAUUUGAGUGUAUUUGGCUUAGAGAUCAUUGCAGAUGUUCGACGUGCUACCAUUCAAAUACUUUUCAAAGAGCUAGACACUUAUUGGAUUUGUCCGACUCGAACAUUAAAAACAUCAAAUCCGAUACGGAACAUAUUUCUAUAACGUGGGAUGACAACCACGAAUCGAUUUACAAAGCGGAUUUCUUAGUAAAAUUUGAUUACAAGACGUGGGUGGAGAAAAGAAGACACAUCCCAAAAUUGUGGCAUGGAGAAGAAAUUGCUGAAAAAGUGGUCAAAGUUUCUGCCAACGAUUUUUUUAAGUCUCCAAAAAGCGCUCGAGAAGUAUUUCAAUCCCUUCUUGACUAUGGUGUUGCGCUAAUAGUAAACGUAGAGCCAACAAUGGAAGCGACAGAAAAAGUGUGUAAAGCUCUAGGUGGUGUUCAACACACGAUGUUUGGAGGAAUGUGGCUAGUGCACACAGACACAAAACCUACGGACACAGCCUAUACGAAUAUUCAUCUAGCUCAACAUACUGAUAACACUUACUUUACUGAAGCAGCAGGACUUCAAAUAUUUCAUGGUCUCGAGCACACAGAUGGCACAGGUGGGGAAACAAUUUUAGUUGAUGGAUUUUAUGGAGCCAAACGUUUAGAAAAAGAGUUUCCUGACGACUACAAAUUCCUAACUAGUUUUGAUAUUGAUGCCGAAUUCCUCGACAACGAGCAUCACCACAGAUAUUCAGCGCCAGUUAUAACAAUCAAUAAGAUGAAGGAUAUAAAACAAAUACGAAUAAAGAGAAGUGAAUACCUAAAGAAUAUCCAGGCUCCAAGAACUUUGAAGAAUUGGUUAUGCUGUCGCGCUGUGCCCCACCGGGCCGGCCUGGACAACAGAGAGCAACAAAUGCAGCUUGGGCAAACUAUGAAAAAGAACACAUUUAAUUCCUAUGAUCGUACACCCAUGGCGUUCUCUAGCCGAGAAGAGUGCUUAGCUUAUUACCGGGCACUGAAAAACUUGGCACGAUAUUAUGAAGAACCAUCUAACCAAUGGCAAUUUAAACUUACACCAGGUGUGGUGAUAGCAAUUGACAACUUCCGAGUGCUUCAUGGCAGAACAAGCUUUACCGGCAACCGAAUACUCUGCGGUAGCUACGUGUCGCGUUCGGAUUGGUUAAAUAAGGCGCGAACUUUGCGGCUUAUAGAGUAA